AUGAUAAAAAAAAUUAAUCUUGUAAAUCGUAAGAAUGACUUUUAUAAUAUUGCAUAUAAUGUAGAUAGUGACAUAAUUGAUAUUGACUCAGAUAAUAAUAAAGUCAUGAUUAAAAAAUAUCGAACCCAUGGUAUAAUAAUAAGCAUUAUCAACGAACGUCUAUAUCUGGAUAAUGCAGGACAUAUACAACUCAUAAUCGGACCUGAUACUAUCCAAGUUUGGCAUGAUAAAAUUGGUCUAGCAAAUGAAAAAUUAAAGGUUAAAGCUCGUGAUUUUUUGUUGGAUUUAACAACCAAACAAGCUCAACAAUAUUCCCUGAUUAAAUUAAUACUUAACGAAAGUAUUGAUGGAAAAAAUUGUAACCUACAUUUGCCUAGACGAUAUAAAUGGAAUAUGAAAUCGAAAAAGAUGACAGAGUUGGAAUUUGCAAUCACUGGUCCACGCAACCAAGACUGUUGGGUAUUUAUUGGAAUAUUACGCGACAACGUGUAUUAUGAUAUGAAUUCUGGAUGGUUAUUUACUGGCACUAAGUCUAUUCCAUUAUUGUAUGAUAAUAAAUUGAACGGAUUUGUUCAAAGCUUAUUUAAGAAACCAUGUUUUGAGCAUCGGAAGCCGACACAAGUUGAUCAACUAGAUGUUAAACCAUUAGAUGUUAAACCACAGCUCACUCAAAUACCAAAACAUUCUCUUUGGACGCUUGAGGUGGUAUUUUUUGGACUAAUGGAAGAUGGGAUCAACUUAGUAAUUGGAAAACAAAUUUAUCAAAUUUUACGAAAUGCACUAAUUAGGGCUGAAAUGAUUUGUGAUUAUGAAACUUUAGAAAAAUCAUUAGGCAGUUUCAUUGCGAACAGAGAUAUUAUUGAUAAAUGGUCAAAUGAAAAUAAAGUUUACCAACAAAAAUUGAAUGAUUGUUAUAACAAUGAUGACGAUGAUGAAAAUGGUAUUAGCUUAAAUGAUAAAAGUUCUGACAUUGGAACAAGAGAUAUUUCAGCUGGUUCAAGCGAUUCUGAAAGUAGCAAUGAGAAUUUACCAUCAAUUAACGCUAAUUAUUAUGAUGAUAUGCUUUCUUUGUCGCGUUCAAAUUCACAAUUACCUAUUCUUAUCGAUCAAAAUCCUACAACUAAUCUUGAUAUGAGUGAACAAUUUGAAGAAAUUAGUAAACGACUUAAAAAUAGAAUGGGUAGUAAAGAUAGAAAUAAAGAUAAAGAGUUUGAAAACAGAUUUAAGGCAAUGGAACUGAAUGUUAACACUAUCCUAUCUAAGCUUAACGAUUACAUAAACCAGGAAUUAAUGUGCUCUCAAAAUAGAUUUUCAAUCAAACCUCAAGUCGAAUUUCAGGUUGAGAAUUGGAAAUUGAGUUUAUCGCAUAUUCUUCUAUCAAGUCACCAAACAACUUUAUGGAAUUUUCAUAAAGUUUGGCAAAAAUUGCGACAAGCAUUUCCCAAAGUUAAAUCAUCAGAACUGCUAGAUGGAACUGACAUAACGCAGUCAAUUUUAACUGAAAGUCAGAAUGUCAUGGAAGACAUUUUAUUUUAA